CCGGUCACAGCAGCUCAGUCCUCCAAAGCUGCUGGACCCCAGGGAGAGCUGACCACCAACUGAGCAGUCGAUUGAGUCCACCUCCACAAUGCCGCUCUCAGGAACACCAGCCCCUAACAAGAAAAGGAAAUCCAGCAAGUUGAUCAUGGAACUCACUGGAGGUGGACAAGAGAGCUCAGGCUUGAAUCUGGGCAAGAAGAUCAGUGUACCAAGGGAUGUGAUGUUGGAGGAGCUGUCCCUGCUCACCAACCGGGGCUCCAAGAUGUUCAAACUACGCCAGAUGCGGGUGGAAAAAUUUAUCUAUGAGAACCAUCCUGAUGUUUUCUCUGACAGCUCAAUGGAUCACUUUCAGAAGUUCCUUCCCACAGUUGGGGGACAGCUGGGUACAGCUGGUCAGAGUCAUGGAUUCUCCUAUGGUCAGAGCAGCAGUGGAGGCCAAGCAGGAGGCAGUGGCUCUGCUGGACAAUAUGGCUCUGACUAUCAUCACCAGGGCUCUGGUUCUGGAGCUGGGGGUGCAGGUGGUCCUGGGGGCCAUGCUGGCAGAGGAGGAGCUAUCGGUACAACAGGUGCUGGUGAGACAGGAUCAGGAGACCAGGCAGGUGGAGAAGGAAAACAUAUCACUGUGUUCAAGACCUAUAUUUCUCCAUGGGAGCGAGCCAUGGGGGUUGACCCCCAGCAAAAAGUGGAACUUGGCAUUGACCUGUUGGCUUAUGGGGCCAAACCUGAACUUCCCAAAUAUAAGUCCUUCAACAGGACAGCAAUGCCCUAUGGAGGAUAUGAGAAGGCCUCUAAACGCAUGACCUUCCAGAUGCCCAAGUUUGACUUGGGACCUCUGCUGAGUGAGCCUCUGGUCCUCUACAACCAGAACCUCUCCAACAGGCCUUCUUUCAAUCGAACCCCUAUUCCUUGGCUGAGUUCUGGGGAGCCUGUAGACUACAAUGUGGAUGUUGGUAUUCCCCUGGAUGGAGAAACAGAGGAGCUGUGAGCUGGUGAUUCUUCCUCUAAUUUGCAUCAUUUCCCCUUUCUGGUUCCAAUUUGUUGAGGGAUCGCUGAACAGGAUGCCUCCACUGUUAAUCCAAUAUCCUUGUGGGAAUAGAAGGGAAAAGGUGGGUGAGAUCUGCUUCUCUAGCCUUCAUUUCCCCAUUCCAAGCAUACUUCCUCACCAACUCAGAGUUCCCCUUCUACUUAUAACAUAUGGAACCUGCUCUUUUAUGGAUUUUUCCCUGCCACUGGUAACAGUCAAUAAACUUCAAGGAAAUGAA